CCCUCUUUGCUCCUCCCUCACCAGGAGGCGGGGCACACCGGGCCACAUAAGGGCCAGGAUUGGCGGGCUCUGGAGGUUAGGGUGGUCCGGCUUCUACUGUCACGUGGUCUGCGCUGUUUUCAUGUCACGUGGCUGCCGCCCAGGCCGCUCUGCUCUUCUCCCUUCUUUGGAUGCCGGCGCUGCUGCCUGUGGUCUCCCGCCUUCUGUUGCUACCCCGAGCCCUGCUGUCCAUGGCUUCAGGAAGCCCCCCGUCCCAGCCCUCACCGGCCUCGGGCUCCGCCUAUGUUCCUGGCUCGGUAUCUGCAGCUUUUGUCACCUGCCCCAACGAGAAGGUCGCCAAGGAGAUCGCCAGGGCUGUGGUGGAGAAGCGCCUGGCAGCCUGCGUCAACCUCAUCCCUCAGAUUACAUCCAUCUAUGAGUGGAAAGGAAAGAUUGAGGAGGACAGUGAAGUGCUGAUGAUGAUUAAAACCCAAAGCUCGUUGGUUCCAGCUUUGACAGAUUUUGUUCGUUCUGUGCACCCUUACGAAGUGGCUGAGGUGAUUGCAUUGCCUGUGGAGCAGGGGAACUCCCCGUACCUGCAUUGGGUGCGCCAGGUUACAGAGUCAGUUUCUGACUCCAGCACAGCCCUACCAUAAUGAGCCCUGUUCUUGUUAUGUUCCCCUCAUAUACUUCAGUGCCCUCUGACUUCCAGGUGAUGACUGGACCUUAAAUAAAUCCUAUCUUUAGUUC